UCAACAAUGCAUCCCAAUUGUCUUCGGUGGUAUCUUGACACUGACACCAUCAUGAACCUGAUGUUAUAACAGAAGUUGGAUGAAUCAUUUAAUCGGAAGUCUACGUAAGCUAAAUCUGACUUCAGAUUUUGCCAACGCUUUUACUCUGAUCGUGCCAGAGCACUGCUACAAACAAACUGGAACUCAGCCCCGUGGCGAAUGAGAACACUUUCAACGUCUGCAGUCGCCGAGAAAGACGAGUUGUACCUCAGAUGAAGCAAGCUCAUGGCUGCUCACCAUCAGAAAUCAUUCUGGCAUUCAUGGCCGCUUGUGUAGCCUAGAGUCCAUGCUGGCCCAUCGGGUGUACGUGAACGAGGCUCAGCUGCAAGAAGUAGUGGCGUCCGUGUGGCCAACAAGGCUCGAUUACCUGGACUCUGGAACUCAGUCUGCUCCCGAAGCUGUAAAUACUAUGCACUUCGUGCGAUCGUUGGAGACGCGAGGAAGAGAUUUGCACGUAUGAACUUUAUGAUCAUCUCUGAACCAAAUCCGUAAUUCUAGGUCUCAGAUCUUCGUCGGCAUUUGUCUCGCGAGGGGCGGUCGCUCGGUAAGUCGGUCGGUGGGGAGGGAGGGAGGUAGAGAGAGAGAGAAGACAGACAGACAGGCUUCUUGCAUUUGAAGCGGGAGUUUGGCACACCAUCUUUGGGCUCGACAUUUUGAGCUGUCGCAACAUUUCGGCGCACCUCGGGUCCUUGUGCAGCGAUGGCCGGCCGGGACUGGCCGGGUUCACACCCUGGAGUUAGGGAUGCUGUUUUCCUCACUAUAACUGCUUGUGUUACUGUCCUGUACCAAUUCUUGUUCUUCGUGGUAGCUGCAGGCUUCAAGUUCGACAAGGUCACAGAUUUCGCGGGGACGACCAAUUUCGUCGUCCUCGCGAUUUUGACCUUCGUUCUUCGAGGCGCUUAUUAUUUCCGGCAGGUGGUUUUGACGACGUUCGUGCUAGUGUGGGGGCUGCGGUUAGGACUCUUCCUCCUGUUGAGGAUUCUGAACUGGGGCGAGGACAAGCGAUUUGAUGACAAGCGCAACAAUCUGUGCAAGUUCGCCCUGUUCUGGGUUUUCCAGGCGAUUUGGGUGUGGACAGUGAGUUUGCCUGUGACGAUAGUGAACUCGAGCGGCAGGAACCCUGGGAUCCAGGCGCAGGACAUUGUGGGAUGGGUGAUGUUCGCGGUGGGAGUAAUCGUCGAGGCGGUGGCAGAUCAGAGUAAGUUGACAUUCAAAAAUGAUCCGCAAAAUAAGGGAAAAUGGUGCGACGCCGGCCUCUGGAGCUGGUCUCGACAUCCGAACUACUUCGGCGAGAUGUUGCUGUGGUGGGGUAUUUUCGUAGCUUCCACCCCCGUGCUGGACAAGGGACGAUGGGCUGUGGUGGCCGGCCCCAUCUUACUGUCCUGCAUUCUCCUCUUCCUCAGCGGCAUUCCUUUGCUGGAGUCCUCGGCCGACAAACGCUACAUGAGCAAUGCCAACUAUCGCCAGUACAAGAAGGUCACCAGCAUUCUGAUCCCUCUGCCCCCUGCAGUGUAUGGGAAUUUGCCUCUCUGGUUCAAGCAAGUCUUCCUCUUCGAAUUUCCCUUCUACAGCUCCAAAGUCACUGCCGAUGAGGAGCAGCUGCAGAGCUCGUCAACGCAGUCCUAGAAGGACAAACCCCCGCAGUUCGUUCAUGUCUUCACAGCUCGUCAAGAUUUUUCUUCCAGGGGUGGGAUUUCCAUGGUGAUUGCACAAGGCUCUACUUCCAGUGAAGUUUUUGAGGAUCUCGUAUGCCCUUUCUGUAAACAAUUUCAAAAUUCUGCGAGGUGGUGAGCAACGGAAGAUUUGUCCUCUCCUUUGAUGUCUAUAAUAUGUGGGGAUUGCGCUCUUUGGCUUGCACGUGGAGGACUAAUUAUUUUGGCCGAUAUCUCGAGGAGAUGCAUGAGUACUACAUGCAUCGAUGUGAGCUGCGACUCUCUGUAAAAAAUAUUAGGCAUCCCCUGUCUGCCCGGUUUGUGAAGACAACAUUUCUUUAUCAGGUUAUAUUUAUCAUCUUCCUGGACAACACGUGGGAGUUCUGAGAAUCUUCAUUGUAGGGCUGGAUCAUCUGAAAGUUUAUUUAUAAAAGUCGGAGACACAGUAUACUGCGAUUCUACGCCUGCCUAUUUUCAGGAUUCACUGACAUAUUCUAUUGUCACUCCAGAAAUCUUUCUUGGCAACGCAACGAAUGUUCAGAAGACUAUGCCACAUGUACGGUCACAACAGCCAAAAGAAUUUCAUAUUUUGGACAGUUGCACAAGAAGCGUCUGAAGAAGCUCUCAAACAUAGCUUCGCGACGAGCAUCAGAGUCGUGAGAACCGAACCCAAAUUUCAAAUGAAUCUGGAUCGCAGCUCCACAUCCUCUUAAAUCGGAGUAACAUCCUUCUACACUCAUUUUCACCUGGUUCGACCUCACCAUAUCUGCAAUCGACCUCGUUCCUCGCAGCCAGGCCAGACUUCUUUUGAAUUUGUUUGGUUGCCUCGACUACCAUCACAGCAUUCUCGACUUUUUUCAAUGACACCAGCUUCAUCCGACUUGCUCACGAAUAUAGUAUACGCAGUCAAAGAGUACAUCAGUUGGUGAAUAUACAAGGCAGCAAAUUACAUCCACGUCGAUUCUUCAAACCCUGGGGGAAACCUUGGAAAAGUCGUCUGUUUCGUUUCCACAAAUGGGACCGAGGACAGCAACUGGAAGCAGCGUCAUCAAAUUCUGUACAUCAAACUCUGGACUUCUUCGUCAAAUUGCGAACCGACUGAAUCCACUUUGGAUACUCGGUGGGCAAUUCACGGAGCUUCAGGAGAAUGAAGACGCCCAUUCCGGUGGCGAAACCGAUGGCAGCGCUAGCUUUCGACAAAGAGACGACGGUGCACACGAUCAUAAUGAAAGCGUCUUCGUUGGAAUUUUGGUCACGGCAAGCAAUGGCUAGCUCCACACCCGAGAACAGCAGCAUGGCUCCGAGCAGUCCGAUCGGGAAAGAUGCAAGCAGACGAAGCAAAGAGCUACCCAGCAGUAAGGAGAGAACGAGCUUCGCAGCUCCGAGCAACAAAGGUGCCAAUCCAUUUCUAGCUCCAAACUUGUACUGACCUGCGAGGCCCCCUGCACCAUGACACACGGGCAUGGCUCCGAACCAGCAGCCCACCAGAUUCAUCAUGCCCACGCUGGUGGACACGGACAGCGGUGUCACAACCUUCUCGGGAAACAAAUCAUUCGAG